AUGUGUACUUUGAUUCUCUUUCAGGUUGUCGGGCAGGCCCAGCCAAUGAUGGCUAGUCCCUCUACAUUCGCGAUCCUUUCACCCCUGCAUGCAACCUCCACUUGCUCCAACAAUCAGCCACAAUUCACCAUUCGACUGCCCCAUUUUGUGUCCAACUCAGCAGCUGCUGCCUCCCUCACUCAUCAUUCGGCCACUACGACCGCGGCUAGUACGAUCAGCACGACAACGGCCACUACUACUGGCUCUAAUGGGGCCCAAAUUGCCUUACAACCCCCUCUUAUGGCUAGCUCUCGUGCUCUGGUUCCCUGUACUUUGGCUGUUCACCCUGCCUGUGCCCUUGCGCCAGGCAAUGUAGGUUCUCUGGGUACGCCAACAUGCUCCGUGUAUACGACAUCUGACCCAGCGGUUUCUAGUGCAAUGAAAGCGGCCGCAGCAACGAUACAUGCAUCUGUAGCUGGGCCGCAGCAGCAGCUGUCUGACCCAGCUCAUCUACAACAACAACAUACCACUGAUUCGUCUGAUUCCACGGCAGCGAUGCGCCAACUAUCAUCAAGCCCAAUUUCAUCUAUUGGCCCGGUAGGCGUUCCCGCCCUAUCUUUCUCUUCCAUUAACCCCGGUUGCUCCAGUGCUCCUGCUUCUCCUGGUUAUGUGAUUUCAAGCCCUGGUGUUCACGCUGCCGCCCUCUUGACGGCGAAUGAUGUGAAUGCUCUUCUGCAACAGCGCCAGCAACAAAAUCGCCAGCAGCAUCAGAUGCAUCAGCAGCAUAGUCUCAUAAACAACUUUCCGGGCAAUCUUAACGACUCUCUCCGACAGGCCUCAUAUGUUCAGGCACACACGCACGUCCAUGCCCAAAAUGUCCCACACGCGCAUUCCCAUGCCCACAUUCAGACACAAAUGCAAACGCAUUUUCAGACUCCUUUUCAACUAACCGCUUACCCUGUUGGUAAUUCAUUGGCAUCCGAGGCAGCGGGUCAGGCAAGUGGAUUAGCACCUGCUGUACAAUCUCUCACAACUCUUGAGCGAAAUGAAUCUACCCACCAGCUGGCCGGUCACCACUUGACUCCAACUCUACUCCAGCAGCAGCAGCAGCCGCACUUCACUCUUGCCACCGCUGGUCUGAUGGCACAACCGGCACAAAGUGGUGCCACAUGUAUCUUCCUCCAAGGUCCUGGCUAG